UGCAAUUUGGGAAUUGUUUAGAGCAAAGAAAAGGUAGAGGAAAAAGAGAGGCUGUAAUGUGACUCCUUGGCUUGGAGAGAGACCAAGACCAAACCCUAGAUUUUUCAGUCCCAAGUAGCAAAUUUGUUCAUUUAUUCCCAACAAUUUCAGAUCCGACCACAUACUCCACUCCCAACGAUAUUUCCUCGCUUUCAUCAUUUUGCCGCUGGUUAGUUUCCAUUUCCCGUUCUUCUCUUUCUGGUGCUCAUAUCUAUGCAGGAUAUGGUAUUUCGGAAGGAUAUUGGUGGAUCAUAUCAUAAUUUGUACAUCAUUUUCUUGAUGCAUAUGAGUUCUUGGUGCUUUGGAUAUGCGAUUUUCCUGUGUAAUUAGUUCUUGGUCUCUGCGGUGACGCUUUUUAUGUGAUACCCGUUGCAGAUCUUGCUUAAUUAUAGACACCCGAGGAGGAGGAAAACCCGUCCCUGUGUUUUGUGAAUACUCUCUUUGAGAUUCUUUGUGAAGCUUCUUUGAUUUGGGAAUUUAUCGUAGGCUAUUAAAGAUGAUGUCAAAAUCGUAUACUAAUCUUUUAGAUUUAGCUUCUGGGAAUUUUCCCAUCAUGGGUCGUGAGAAAAAACGACUUCCACGAGUAAUGACUGUUGCGGGGGUAAUAUCGGAGCUUGAUGAUGAGCAGGCAAAUAGUGUGACUUCCGAAGGUCCUUCCUCAGUUGUGCAAGACCGUAUAAUUAUUGUUGCCAAUCAGCUUCCUAUUAAAGCUAAGCGUAGACCAGACAAUAAAGGCUGGAGUUUUAGUUGGGAUGAAGACUCUUUGCUGUGGCAGCUAAAGGAUGGUUUACCUGAAGAUAUGGAGAUUUUGUAUGUAGGAUCUUUGCGGGUGGAUGUUGAUUCUACCGAACAAGAUGAUGUAUCACAGCUUUUGUUGGAGAGGUUUAAGUGUGUUCCUGCGUUUUUACCUCAUAACAUUCUAUCAAAAUUUUACCAUGGUUUUUGUAAGCAACAUUUGUGGCCACUCUUUCAUUAUAUGCUUCCAUUCUCAGCUACUCAUGGUGGUCGGUUUGAUCGGUCUCUGUGGGAGGCAUAUGUAGCCGCAAAUAAAAUUUUUUCACAAAGGGUGAUUGAGGUCAUAAACCCAGAUGACGACUUUGUAUGGAUUCAUGAUUACCAUUUGAUGGUGCUGCCUUCCUUCUUGAGGAGAAGGUUUACAAGAUUGAGAAUGGGCUUUUUUCUUCACAGUCCAUUUCCUUCGUCAGAGAUAUAUAGGACUCUGCCAGUGAGGGAAGAGAUUCUUAAGGCACUUUUGAAUUCAGACCUUAUUGGUUUUCACACUUUUGACUAUGCUCGACAUUUCCUGUCUUGUUGUAGUCGGAUGUUGGGUUUGGCAUAUCAGUCAAAGAGGGGUUAUAUUGGGUUGGAAUAUUAUGGAAGGACCGUGGGGAUAAAGAUCAUGCCUGUUGGAAUUCACAUGGGCCAGAUGGAGUCAGUUUUAAGACUUGCUGAUAAAGACUGGAGGGUGCAGGAGCUCAAGCGAGAGUUUGAAGGAAAAGUUGUCUUACUUGGGGUUGAUGAUAUGGACAUUUUUAAAGGGGUCAAUCUGAAGUUGUUGGCAAUGGAACAAAUGCUAAGGCAACAUCCAAAGUGGCAGGGAAGGGCCGUUUUGGUACAGAUUGCAAAUCCAGCUAGAGGAAGAGGGAAAGAUCUUGAGGAAAUACAAGAUGAAAUACAGGAAUGCUGCAAGAGGAUUAAUGAAAGUUUUGGACAGUCAAAUUAUGAACCAAUUGUGUUCAUUGACCGGCCCGUUUCUCUCGCUGAAAGAGCUGCAUAUUACACGAUUUCUGAAUGUGUUGUAGUCACAGCAGUGAGGGAUGGUAUGAACCUAACUCCUUAUGAGUACGUUGUCUGCAGGCAGGGAACUUCUGGAUCAGAUUAUAGCUCUGAAACUAAUGGACCACAAAAGAGCAUGCUAGUCAUAUCAGAGUUCAUGGGAUGUUCCCCUUCUCUUAGUGGUGCAAUACGGGUCAACCCAUGGAACAUCGAAGCAACUGCCGAAGCAUUGAAUGAGGCAAUAUCAAUGGCUGAUGCUGAGAAGCAAUUACGCCAUGAAAAGCAUUACAAAUAUGUGAGUAUACAUGACGUGGCAUACUGGUCAAGGAGUUUUUUCCAAGAUAUGGACAGAACUUGUAAGGAUCACUUCAGAAGAAGGUGCUGGGGAAUUGGAUUGGGCUUUGGUUUCAGAGUUGUAGCACUUGAUCCUAGUUUUAGAAAGUUGUCUAUUGAUGCCAUUGUAGCUGCAUAUUCGAGGUCUAAAAGAAGGGCUAUACUUUUGGAUUAUGAUGGCACCGUGAUGCCACAAACUUCAAUUGAUAAGACUCCAAGUAAACAAGUUAUUUCAAUCAUUGAUUCACUUUGUGAUGAUGUUAGGAAUACUGUUUUUGUUGUCAGUGGAAGAGGGCGUGAUAGUUUGGGCAGCUGGUUUUCUCCUUGUGAAAAACUUGGGAUUGCUGCUGAGCAUGGCUAUUUUAUGAGGUGGUCUGCUGAUAAGGAGUGGGAACACUGUGGGCAAGGUAGUGAUUUUGGUUGGAUACAGAUUGCAGAGCCAGUCAUGAAACUAUAUACAGAAGCUACUGACGGCUCUUCUAUUGAAACUAAGGAAAGCGCCUUGGUGUGGCACCAUCAAGAUGCGGACCCUGAUUUUGGUUGCAGCCAGGCCAAGGAACUGUUGGAUCACCUUGAAAGUGUGCUGGCAAAUGAACCAGUUGCUGUUAAAAGUGGUCAGUUUAUUGUAGAAGUGAAGCCACAGGGAGUCAGUAAAGGUUUGGUGGCUGAAAAGAUCUUUGCGUCAAUGGCGGAUGCAGGAAGACGGGCUGAUUUUGUGCUAUGCAUUGGUGACGAUAGAUCUGAUGAAGACAUGUUUGAGAUCAUUGGUAAUGCUGUAUCAAGUGGCGUCCUGUCUUCCAAUACAUUAGUUUUUGCAUGCACAGUGGGACAGAAACCAAGCAAAGCCAAGUAUUACUUGGAUGACACAACUGAGGUCAUAAACAUGCUUGAAGCCCUUGCAGAAGUUUCAGAUAUUUCUUCCCCACCAGAAUCCCCUUGAGAAUCUUCUCCAUGGCAGCAGUUACAUACAUGCUCCAGUCUCUUCUCCUUAUAAGCGAGUGACAAAACGGACGUCGCUGGCGGACGAUUAGUAUCAUAUUUCAUUUUCUGCUCUUUUUGGAAGUAAAUUAACACGCAGGAAAAUGGAAAUGGCUUAAAUUAGAACCACAUCUGCGUCUUGUUCUGAAACGUACAGUGGAUGCAAAAUAUGAAAUGGGGGAAAGGCAUUCGUUCUUGGCAUAGGACUCGGUGAGGAUGGAAUGGGAUUUAUAUGGACUGACUGACUUUUGGGAUGUCACAGAAACAAGAAUCUGGAAGACAAUGGUUGAAUGAUUUGUGAAUAAUCUUUGAGGCCCAACCACUGGUUACUUCCACAAUCCUCAGAAGCGAGUGUUGUAAUCUCACUUCCAUUCUUUUGGUUCUGAAGUAUUUGGGUGGUGGGAUGUUCAGAUCAGAUUGUUUGGAGUAGAAAGUUAGAUACAGAAGCCUGAGCUCGUCUUGUAUUGUGAAACUCUAUCAACUGGACAACAUAAUGAUGUCCUUAGCCUCUUUCUUGCUCAUUUUUACUUCGUUAAAUUCUUGAGUGCAUUUGUUUUCUCAUUGAUACUUGGGACCAUUUUUAUUUGCUUAUAAGAAAUCUGUAAAUCUCUCCUAUAUUAAAGCCUUUCUGUUUAGAUUUGCAGUACUUUUUUGUUAACAAGAAUGUGUUUGGUAACAUUGGACUGGUUUAUUCUAGAAUGUGGGGUUUUUCUU